GCCGGCGCACAAGAUGGCGGCCCCGGCGGCUCGCUGGAGAAGGCCGAGGCGGGGUCUUGAGCUCUAGCCUCGGGCGGGGGCCGGAGAUAGGCCUCGCCUACAGGCGGGUGGUCGGGGCGGCGCCACCAGGCCUCGAGGAGUGCAAGUCCCGCUGGUUGCUGCCCCCAGCCCCACCGCCACUCAGCCCUGCCCCGGGUAGAACCCAAGAAAGGUCAGGCCCGGUAGCCCCGCCUGUCCUCGCCUCCGGGCGGUAACUGCGAGUGGCGCGCCCUUAGGGUUGAUUUUAGCCACGUGCAGCCUCCAUGGCUGCGUUGCAGGCCCCGGGGGAGAAGAUUAACAUCCAGACGGGAGAGACGGCCAAGGCCGGCGACCGCGACCCGCUGGGGAACGACUGGCCCGAGCAGGACAGGCCACCCCAGCGCUCCUGGAGGCAGAAGUGCGCCUCCUAUGUGCUGGCGCUGAGGCCCUGGAGCUUCAGUGCCUCGCUCACCCCGGUGGCCCUGGGCAGUGCCCUCGCAUACAGAUCCCAGGGCGUCCUGGACCCUAGGCUGUUGGUGGGUUGUGCCGUGGCUGUCCUGGCUGUGCACGGGGCCGGCAAUUUGGUCAACACUUACUAUGACUUUUCCAAGGGCAUUGACCACAAAAAGAGUGAUGACAGGACCCUGGUGGACCGCAUAUUGGAGCCCCAGGAUGUUGUUCGGUUUGGAGUCUUCCUCUACACCCUAGGUUGUGUCUGUGCCGCUUGCCUCUACUGCCUGUCCUCUCUGAAACUGGAGCACUUAGCUCUCAUCUACUUUGGAGGCCUAUCUGGCUCUUUUCUCUACACAGGAGGAAUUGGAUUCAAGUAUGUGGCACUGGGAGACCUUGUCAUCCUCAUCACUUUCGGCCCACUAGCCGUGAUGUUUGCCUACGCUGUCCAGGUUGGGUCCCUGGCGAUUUUCCCUCUGGUCUACGCCAUCCCCCUGGCCCUCAGCACCGAGGCCAUCCUACAUUCCAACAACACCAGGGACAUGGAGUCCGACCGGGAGGCGGGCAUCGUCACGCUGGCCAUCCUCAUCGGCCCCACCUUCUCCUACGUGCUCUACAACACGCUGCUCUUCCUGCCCUACCUGAUCUUCAGCAUCCUGGCCACACGCUGCAGCAUCAGCCUGGCGCUGCCCCUGCUCACCAUUCCCAUGGCCUUUUCUCUCGAGAGGCAGUUCCGCAGCCAGGCCUUCAACAAGCUGCCCCAGAGAACGGCCAAGCUCAACCUCCUGCUGGGGCUCUUCUAUGUCUUUGGCAUCAUCCUGGCUCCAGCGGGCAGUCUGCCCAAGCUCUGAGGGGACCGGCAGCACCCGCACAGCACGGCCCUUUUUCUUAGAACGCCAAAGUCCUAAGAAGCAAAUGUGAACUUGGCAGGGCGGGUACUGAGCAUGGGCUGUGAGCUCCUGUCUUUUUAUAUGAUUAUAAUGUUCUUAAAGGUGAUCUGUUUUGUUUUUCCCUGUUAUGAAGAAUCCUGAAAACCGCUGUGCCAUCAGAAGAAGGCAGACUGGACAAGAGUCCUUGUUUUAUGUGUGGUUUCCACUAGAGGGUGUUGUCAGGUCACUUUAAAAUGUCUUGUUCCAGACAUAAUGUCCCAAGACUGCAGGAGCUGCUGGGUGGCCUCCUAUCCUGAUGAGCCAUCAGCUAGGCACAGUGCCCACCUAUUGUCCUGGGCACAUAGGACAUGGUAGUAAUUGGUGUCAGGGCCCAUUAAUAUGGAGGGCACCUGUCUCUUACUCAGCACUCGUGUCCUGAAAUAUGCUGCUUGGGGGAGAAAGUCCCUCAUUAGCAGCGUUGUGUGGCUCCUGGCUUUUUGCCUAAAUUAUGAUUCUUUUGUCCUUCAUCUCUCCUUUUACUUAUAGUCACAGUUGAGGAAAAGUUUCGGAUCACCCUGCAGCAAGACAAUCAAGUUAGGGACUGGGAAGAAAAAGCCCACCCUGAAGGCAGCUGAGAAAAACCACUCUGCUUCUGGAUAGAAAUUAGUAGGGUGUCUCUUUCCCUUUGUUGAAUCCACUAGAAUGACAGGAAGAACUCCCAGCCCUUUUGAUAACCUUCUGGAGCCUGGAAAUUAUAGAAGCCCGGCUGUCCCUGCAGGCUUCUUAGAGCCUGUAGUGAUUUUCCUCUGAAUUGCCUCUCCUAAUUCUCUCCCCUGUGCACCCUGCACCCUGCGCCUCUGUCCAGUCCCUGUGUGUGUUUCCCAUCUGUGGAGCCAGACUAUUUGGCAACACCUGAGUCAGGGACAGUUGCCAUUUUCCACGGAGCCACAGUUGGGCAGCGCAUGGACCCAGUGAAUGUACAAGCCACUGCACAAAAGUCCCGGGCCUUGUUCAGCCAGAGUGACAGGCCCUGCGUACAGAGGAACACGUCUUCAUCCUUGGAGACAGAUGUCCAAUAUGGACCCUGCCUCUUUCUGGGCUUCAGUUGCUUUGUGCAAAGGUAUUCAGGGCUUUGGCAAGGUCACAGCUCAGGGGUCAUUCAGUGUCCACCGUGCUGCUCUUCAUCACUUUGCCUACGAAGUGUAACUUCUGGGCUGGAAUCGCUAGGUUGCUUUGGGUCUAAGACUGAACUAGAUUGAGUCAGUCAUGCUGUGCUUCCCUGUGGUAGUGGUUGUUCAGGGAGGAAUAGCAAGAUCUCGGCCUGCAGAAAAUGACGUAAGAACUCAACCCUUCAGAUCAGGCUAAUUGUGACUUUGAGUGAGAAUUGGAAAAAACAUAUAUGGAAAUUGCAAAAGUUGCUCUGAAGUUAAGGUGAUUUGUCUCCCAGAGAGUGAGUGUCCUGGAAUUGUGAUUGGGGCCCAGGGACAAGGGGCUUCUCUCCUGCAAUUCUUCCCAGCACCGUUUUUGUUUCAUGCCAGGUGUGUGGCAUUUUGGUGCUCACAGGGGUCCUACCUUCAGAGAUGUGCCUCUGACUUCUGUUUGGAGCUGACCGUGUUCAUGUGGGGCUCACCUCAGAGGCUGGAGGCUGAGGCCCCAGGCUCCCAGCAUCCACAGACCAAUCCUGCCUUGAGGCUGCUGCCAUUAGAAUUAUCAGUCAGCUUCUGAUAACCAGCUGCUCUGGUGCAGAUUUUAAUAUGUAUUUUUUAUAUGAAUGAUCCCAAAAGGCCAUAUUUAGUGCCAGGUUUUUUAUGCAUGUGAUCAUAAUUUAUAUUAUGUGCCCAGAUUCAAUGAAGGUCUUCUGUGGACUUGUUAAUUUGAAAAAAAAGAAAAAAAAAUGUU